AUGAAGCCGCAUUUAAUCUACACCCUCUUCCUCCUCUUCUUUCUCCCUUCACCUUCCGAUCGCCUGGUUUCGUCAGUCAAGAUCAAACCAUCGCAGGAGAACGCGUUAUUAGCUCUCAAGGGUGCUUAUAGCGGAUUCACUGGCUCCACUUCGUGGGCGAAAGGCGCCGAUUGCUCGAAAUGGGUCGGCGUCGCCUGCGGUCCCGUGGGAAACGUUCUCAAACUUGCUUUAAACAGCUCCGGUAUAAAAAGCCCCGUCGCGGGAAUACAUUCUAGCUUAUCGGGUCUGUCGCAUCUACAGAUGCUGAACCUCGCGAAUAACGCCCUGCUCGGGCCGCUGACGACGACUCUCUCCAAGCUGACUCGCUUACAGCAUCUAGACCUUUCGAGCAACCUCUUCAACAAGAACCCUAACUACAUCUGGAACCUCACGCAGCUGACUUACCUCGACAUCUCCAAGACACUCGUCAGCGGGCCGCUUUCACCGUCCAUUGGCGCGCUUACCAACCUCAAGGUUCUAAACGUGUCCAAUACUUACCUCUCAGGAGAAAUUCCCGACGAGUUCAGUCGCCUCGCAAAUCUGCAGUUCGGCCAUUUCGACAAAUGCUUUUUCACGGACCUGCCGGCAAUGUUCCCGGAAAUAGACGGCAGCUCGUCUAACCUGACGUUCUCGGCAAGCGUCAACUUGUUAGCCGACAUGCCCAUCACUUUCCCCGCCUCGGGCGCAGGCGUCGUCGCGAUGGACUUGGCGGGGAACCACAUCGCAUCGCUCCCGACGGAAAUCGUGCUAAUGAGCGACCUGACCAGCCUGAACCUUGCUGGGAACGGCAUCGACGGACAGAUGGCGGACUACGACUGGCCGAUCCUCGAGAACAUCGAAGGGCUGUUCUUCGGGCGGAAUCUGCUAGCUGGCGAGGUCCCCGUGUCUCUAAGCACGCUCACGAAGCUUAAAUACUUCCACUUCGGCGCUAACGCGCUCAACGGUACCUUGCCUGAAGAGCUGGGAAACCUGUCAGAGCUCUUGAGCUUGGAUUUAAGUGAAAGAGAGGCAUGGCUGUUGUGUCGGAAGAGAGGGGCUGCUGUGGGUGGGAGAAAAGAGAGCACCUCUGGAGGCACAGGUGGGGACUGGCUGUGGGAGAAGUGGGAGGUAGAUAUGUGGUUAUGUUUUGGGCUGGAUGCAAAAUGGCAUGGAUGGACAGUGGAGACAAAAUGGGGUGGAUCUGGGUAG